CUAGUUGCCAUCUUGAAUGUGGAAGUUGGAAAGGAAAACUGAUCUUUUUCCUUCUCAAAUAUGAUGAUAAAACGAAUAAUCCCAAACAGAUGUAGCAGUUGAUGUGAGCUACACCUGAUCAGGGUUUGUAGCUGACCCUGUCUGGCUAGUACACCUCAUGAAGAAGUGAUGUGUUUGUGACCAAAAAGCUCCGAGAUACACUCUUUUGAUCGUGGGGAUAUAAAGGAGGCUACCAUGCAGAACCAUCCAAGUCAGAAUGCGAUGCAGAACCCUUCAAAUCAUUCUGGACAAAACAAUACUGGUAUGCUGAACCAGACGGGACAGAACAUGGUGCAGAACCAUCCAGGUCAGCACGGCAGUCGUCCUGUGUCCAGUCCCUUACAACUCCCCCAUUCUCCACUUUUAUCUCCAAAUCCAGGAGUGGCAAGUUUCUAUCAACAGCUGUCCCCGGGUGGGACUGUGAGGGGCCCAAUGACUGUCCAGUCACCAAUCCCAGGGGGCCAGAUUCCUCAUCUGGUCCCUAGUGGGGCCUUCCGUCAGCCAAUGGGACAGGCAAUGCAGCAGAUUAUUAGUCCCACAACCCCCAUAUCAAUGGGGAUGCCACUUAAUUCUAACAUCUUCCAUGUAACUAUGGCUGGCCAAAGUCCAGUGUUUGCAACAUCUCAGCAGGGCAUGACACAGUUUCAACCAAUCUUUCUCAAUGGUCAGCAAGCAACCAUCAUUAACUCAGUCCCAGGUAGUCCCGGUGGCAUAGGAAUCCUGGGAACUACACAGAACAGUGGCAUUCCCACGGGACUGUUCACGGCAGGUCCUACCCCCGGCGGUCCAAACACACUGCAAACUCUUCAACAUCAACCCAUUCAGUAUCUAAAUGCACCGAUAUCACCCGCCAGUCAUGGUAUCCCAUCCAGGCCAGGGUCCUUUCCAGGAACUGAUACAGAAAUGCCAACUGACCUGAGUAAAAAGACCCCGUCAACAUCCAAAUGUAAUACUCCAGACAUGCCACCUAUAUUAGUCCCAGUUACUCAAUCUAGUUUUAAACCUAAUACUCCAGUUACGGUAACUGCCAAACCAGUUGUAGAAACAAGCAAAAAGGACCCAAAAACUAAGGAAACAUCAGCAGGCGAUAGCACCACAAAAAAGACGGCUUCCAAUGUCCCCAGCGAGACAAAGGAAUCCAAGGGAGAUAAACCUAGUUCACAAAAUAGUACCAAGUAUGACAAGAUUGACACUGCUGAUUACACCGCAGAUGGGGUACCUGUGGAAUAUGCUGAGCCCGAGUUUGUAUGGGAAGAAUACCUUCAGGAAACUGGAGCGUCUGCAGUUCCUCCAACAGCCUUUAAACAUGUGGAAUGUAGUCUUGAGAGCGGCUUUGUGAAGGGUAUGAAGCUGGAGGUUCCCAACAAGUGUCAUACAGACACCUACUGGGUAGCCUCUGUCAUCAUGACGUGUGGUCCAUUACUACGGCUACGCUACGAUGGAUACGAGGAAGACACAUCGGCAGACUUUUGGUGUGACCUUAUGACCUCUGAAAUCCAUCCCAUUGGCUGGUGUGCACAAAACAAUCAGAUACUGCAACCUCCAGAAGCCAUUAAGGACAAAUUUGAGGACUGGAGGGAGUUUUUAGUCAAGUCCCUCACAGGGGCCAGAACAGCCCCUUCCUACCUUCUGGAUAAGAUGACUGGAAUCACCCCUAUCGACCAGCUAAAGCAGGGAAUGCGGCUGGAACUUCAGCACCCCAUCAACCCCAUGGAGAUAUGGCUUGUUAAAAUUAUAGAAAAUGUGGGAGGCCGUCUGUAUCUCAGGUUCGAGGGAGCCGACACUGCAGCAAAUGACUUCUGGCUGUUUUACCUAAACCACAGGUUGCACCCCAUUGGCUGGGCUAAGUCAAAUGCUUACAGAUACAAUCCACCUAAAGAACUCUUCAGUGAGCACUCCGAGCAGGAAUGGAUGCAGAUUCUGGAGAAAGCCUUGCAGGAAUCAGAGAAUAUGAUCCUACCAUUGGCCAUAUUUAAGGACCAGGUAGAAAUUGUCCAUCACACUUUCCAGAAGGGUUGGAAGCUUGAAGCUUUGAAUCCCAUCACACGUAACCAGAUCUGUCCCGCUACAGUCGUAGACAUCCUCGACAAAAAGUACUUCCUGGUUGAACUAGAUGACCUGCAGUCUGUAGAUCCACAUUUCCGCAUACGAUUCUCAUGUUACUCCGAUUCCAAGUGUAUCUUCCCUGCUAAUUGGUGUCACUACAAGGGGCUUAAAUUAACUCCACCUAAAGGCUGGCCUAAGAUGGAUUUCAACUGGAAUGAGUAUCUGGAAUACAAUCGAGCAAAGGCUGCACCAGAAUCCUGUUUUAAUUUAGACAAACCAGAUCACCAAUUUGAACGAGGCAUGAAGCUGGAGGCUGUCAAUUCUGAAAACCCGAAUCAGAUAUGUGCUGCAACCAUCACAAAGAUAGUGGAGCCACUGGUUUGGAUUCACCUUGACAACAGUGCCCGUGUGGUUGCCAGCCACAUUGAACACGUUGAUUCACACAACCUGUUUCCAGUCGGCUGGUGUGAGAGUAACGGCUACCAACUGAAGCCUCCCAGGAAAACCGGACUGAAAGGUCGUCCACAGAAACGAGUGGCUGUGGUUCCCCCAGGACUUCCAGACAAUCUCACAGAUGAAGCUUACACACAGUUAAAGAAUGGAGACAGUGCAGUUGGUGGUCUGUUGACAGGAAAUGCGUGGUGUCCUAAGAUCUAUUACAACCAUCAGUGUUUCUCUGGCCCCUACCUCAGUAAGGGCCGCAUAGCCCUGCUCCCCAAGUGUGUCGGCCCCGGCCCCAUCUCCCUAGUGAUGAAGGAGGUCCUCUCCAUGCUGAUCAACGUUGCCUACAAGUCUUGUCGGGUUCUAAGAGAGCUCCAAGUCGAGGGUAAAAUCAACCCCAACAUGAUGCAGCAAUCACUCAAAGCCAAAUAUAAGGGAAAGAGUUACCGGGCUAUGGUGGAGAUCUGUCGGACCACAGACCAGCUGGACGAGUUCUGUCGCUCCGUCUGUAUCAAACUGGAGUGCUGUCCAAACCUCAUCAGUCCAAACUUCGUCAAUGGCAGCUGUCCUGAAUCAUGUGCACAACUCACCAAGACCAAAUACACUUACUACUACGGAAAGAAGAAGAAGAAGCUGGGCCGACCACCUGGUGGUCAUACAAACUUAGAACAUGGACCCAAAAAACCCGGAAAACGUGGCAGAAGGAGAAAGAUCAGGCUGUUGCAUUUGAAUGAGGCUCCACUAGGUAUGCUGCCGACUUUGGAGAAAGAGGAGGAGAAUGGCGACGAUGACAAAGAUAGCAUAGCUAGUGACACACGCACUGUUGAUAGCAGUGGUACAAAUGACUCAACUGAGAAAAUAAUCAAACGCAAAUCAGGAAAGUACAGUAACAAGAGAAAAUAUACUCAUCAUCUACCCCCACCAUCAGAGAUUAAAACCCGAGGUGCUAAAAUGCCAAAAUAUAGUUUUGAGCGACGAACUCAUAAGAAGAUUCUCAUCACUCCAGGAUCAUCACCAGUAAAAUCCCUAAAUCACGGCAAGGGCCAAAGUUCUAAGUUGAUGCAUUCCCAUAGUAAAGCGAUCAAGGAAGAAAAGAAGGAACCCAAAGAAAUCCUACGUUUGGAGUCCAACCCGCUGAAUUGGACUGUUUCAGAGGUGGUCAAAUUCAUAAAAACCACUGACUGUGCUCAUCUCUGUCGACUUUUCAAAGAUCAGGAGAUUGACGGCCAAGCACUGCUGCUACUAACCUUGCCAACUGUGCAGGAACAUCUGGAGCUCAAACUUGGACCUGCCAUCAAGCUUUGCCAUCAGAUCGAAAAAGUCAAGAUAGCUUUCUAUGACCAGUAUGCUAAGUGAUCUCGCGUUGAAGCUCAAGAUUAUUUUUCAACAAUAUUACAGUACUGGAUCAAGGCAUGCUGAAGUUAUGAUUACUUUUAUGUGACUUUUAACUGAAAAGUCACCCACAACGAAAUAUUAUUAUUGUUUUAAGUGGGAAAUGAAGGUUAUUGUAUAUUUUUUACCAGUAUGCCAAAAUCAACUAAAUACCAUACAACUUGGAUUUCUUCAGAUCACUAACAUGCAGGGGAGACUACCAUGGUGUUCAAUCAAUUUGAGAUUACUUUGUGUUCUGUGAUGUGGUUAGUAUUGAUGAACUGAUUUGUUUGUCUGAGACAUCUUACGGUAGCUGUUCUCACAGGAAAUGCUGGAUCAUAAGUGUGCCCCUAGUCUUUGAUGAAUAUGUGUAGCUGCACAUGUGUAAAAGUGAACUAAUGAAUGUCUGACAAAAAUAACUAGGUGCCCUGCACUGUUACUCAAAAGGAAAUAGCUUUGUUGCCUGUGUCGUUACUUACUCGACAGACAACAGCUUGGUACCCUACUUCCUUUUGUACUCUAAAUAAAAUCGUCUUUUCUUUACUCAAGACUAUAUCAUAAAUGAUGAUGCUCAUGGUGUAUUAAUACAUGUAGUGUCCUUUGCAGGAAAUAGAAAUCCAAUGGCUAAGCCUCAGUCCCACUUAAUGGAUGAUUUUAUUUGGUUUCUAUUAUGUAUAUAUGUAUCAAUGAAUUUAAACAAAUGAUUUGCUCUUUAGGUACUUCAGAUUUUAGGUGAAAACCACACAACCCUUUCACCACUGUAGACCAUAAUGGACUCAUCCAGAUCAAUGCAUGGUAGAGUCUACUAAAGUUGUCUAGGGGUGAAAGGGUUAAUGUAUAUACAAUAGGGCAAAUAUAUUCUUCCUGGAGAGAGAUUAGUGAAAGCUGGUGUUAGGGAUACCUACAGCAGAAUUUAUAUAUAACAGACAGAGUCUACAUUGCUAUUGAUUUAAAUGAAAUUUAGCAUGUUUAUUUGUACAGUAGUGUAAAGGAUUAAAUGUUAGUGUUUUAAAAACAAAAUAUAUUUAAUAUAGAUUUAUGUAAAAUAUAGAUUAUGUGUUGACUGAUUGAUGAUUAUAUACAGAUAUAGGGUUAAAUGGUUAUGAAAUGAUACACAGAUAUCAAGGAUUUCUUGUUAUAAGUCUGAUUUUAAUUUUUUCUGCGCUUUAUAUUUAAUGUUUAAUUUCUUUAAUACAAUUUUUUGUAUUUUUUUUCCCAAUGAAAAUCAUAAUCAGAAUAAGUUCUUGUAAUGGGUCAAAUUUCUGUUCUUUAUAUUAUGGAUAAAAUUAUGAAGGAAAUGUUGCUGAAAUUAAUAAUAUGUUUUGUUUCUUUUGUAAAAUAAUAGAAGUAAAGAAGAAUCGUCAGCAGUAUACUACACUCAUGCUCAUUGACUUUCUCUUGUGUUUUGUGUGGGUAGCUAUCGGUCCAGAGGUUGCACAUAGCAGGUGCUUGCCAUGGUAUGUGCAAUAAGUUACUUUUCACUGCGUAUCACAGGUUUCCAGCAUUAUGAACAAAUAAGAUCAUGUCAUCGAAUAAAUGUUAUUGUUUUUUUUCAAGGAUUCCUCACUUAUCUCUAUUAAAUCUGAUGUCCAAUUUAUCCUAAGGCUUUUAAUGUAAAAUUUAUUUGUGUAAUGCUGUGAAAAUUCAUAUGAGGCCCUGGGGCGGUUUCAUGAACGUUUCAUAACUGAAAUAGAGAUUCUUUUCCAAAUGAGAAUGAUUCCUUUGAUAAGGAUAAGAAUAUUAUCCUUGUUAACCCUUUCACCCCGAUGUAACUUAAGUAAACUCUACCAUGCAUUGAUCUGGAUGAGUCCAUUAUGGUCCAUAGUGGUGAGAGCGUUAAGAUGAUUCAUGAAGACGAAGACUUCCCUGCUAUAUGUGAUUUGUUUUACAGUAAAGACUGUUUGGUUUCAUUUAUUGUGUAGUAUAUAUUUAACAUUGUACAUACAUUUGUCUGACAGCAUUGCGGAAGAUCUCAUCAUGUGUUUUUGUCAUAAUUCACUAUUUUGUUAAACAAAUGAGCUUGUGAGAAAUGCAUAAUUUACUCAGAAAUACUUGAAACACCUGUUUUAUUUUUUUACGCUGAAAGGUUGUUUCAUAGUUUGUAGAUUGAGAAUCAGAAUGCUUUAAGGAUCCCUAUGCCACUACAGAAACUGUAACUAAGCAUUGGAAACUCUUUUUUCCGGAAGAUAUAUAUCUUUGAUAAACAUUUCUGGGGAAAAAACCCCAUACCUUGCGGGACUUUUAUGAGAAAUAAUAAGAUGUAAUAAGCAAAACAUAAUCAACAAUAUUGUUCUUAGUUUAAAAACAUCAGCAUGGAUAAACUAAGAUUCGAACUCUGGAGUUCAGAUUGUUAUGGUAUAUCGAUUGAGCUACCUGGUCAAUGGAGGUGUCCUGGCUUGAUUGUGCUACAGCUGUGAUAUCUAAAUGGAAGUUAAAGGAAUGUUACUGUAUGAAGGAAAAACCAUUUGGACAGGGAUCCUUAAAUCAUAUCAAAUAAAUGUGCAUUUUAUUUGUGUGAGAAACAUUGCAAAUAUACAACUACUCCAAGAAGGAUUUUGUGUGUGCCAUCAAGGGUUUUGCAAUUGAACAUAUAUAUAUACAUGACUGAGAUUUGCCACAUCUUACCUACAUGUAAAUAGUCUACAAAGAACACAGGAAGCAGGUGCUUGUACUUAUACAUUUUAGUACCCGGGACGGGGAACACAAUUUUCAAUGUUGUUCAGUGUUGCCUAUUUGAUUGAUAGCGCUGAUCAGGAAAAUUGUUAAUUUUGUGGUGAAACAAAUAGAUCAGAUCAAACUUAAAAAACUUUUUUUUUCAAUUUUAGGCCAUAUUUUUAUAAUCUUUAGAAGAAUUUGAAAAGAACAGUAAGUCUUGGGGGUAUCACUUUUAUAGUUGUUUAUUGAAAAUUAGUACAGUAAUAAAGAGUCAUAUAUUUAUUUAAAGUACAAGUUUAGCAAAAAAUAGAAUGUGAUGUAGAUAGAAUUAAAAUGAGAAGGCUUUUUUAUUCCAUUUAUAUAAGAUAGAGGGUAAUGCACCUGAAAUUUGAAUUAAAAUGAGGAGAUUUUAUUCCAUUUAUAUAAGAUAGAGUGUAAUGCAACUGAAAUUUGAUGAUUUCUGUGAAGCUGGUUAUUGUUGUAUAAUGCUGAUACAGUAUAUAUUGUUGUGAGUUUAACUCAUUCACCCCUGAAAUUUCAUAAUGAACUAUAUUUCAACCUUUGAAGUGGAAGAGUUUAGAUGUGUCUUCAGGGAUGAAUUAGUUAAAUAUCAAUUAGAUAUGUAGAUCUGUUAAAGAGUGCCAAGAUCUUUUUUCGUUGUUUUGUUUUGUUAAUUUAUGGGGUGUUAUGUAUGAGGUGGAUAUAUGAUAUACCAGUUCAUGCAGUAGGUACACUGUAGUUCUUGUAGCAGAAAUGUUGACACUUUUCAUAUCUAAGAGGGAAAUUGUUAUAAAGGGGUGAAAUUGGAGGAAAAAAAUCACUGUUUAUAUAACAUUUGUGGUUUAAUGUAUGUAAUUGAAAUGAGAUGAUUUGUAAAUCAGUAUAAUAUACAGAAUAUUUUAAUAAUCUAAUGGGGAGGACAAUUUUUGUUUGGUAAAUGUGUUUACCGGUAAUUUAAAACAGAACCUGUAUGUUUGAUUUCUCCAUUUUGUUACUUUGAUGGUAACUAUGUUAUAAUGUAUAUACAUGUCCACUUUUAGAAGUGCUAAAGGUGUCAUCACUCCAAUUCCUUGGUUGAUAUUUUUUGGUACUAUUUCAUAGUAAAAAACACCUCAUGUAAACUGCAUGUCAAACUUGUUCAUCAACUUUCAAAUUAUAAUGGUAUUAAUUUAUAUCCUUUUAAGUGAGUUAAUUCUAAAGUACAACUUACAAGUUACAGCAUGAAUAAUCUAUAGAAAUGCUAACACAGGGGAAGUAAGUAGUUGGCCCUGGCUGUAAAUCGGGCUUGGUGUUAAAAGAUAUAACAAUAUAAGUGCUAAAAUCAAAUAAACGAAUUUAUAUGUAGAACAUUGUA